AUGGAUCGUCCAGCCGGGUCUGUUCAACCAGGGCUUGAAGUAAGCACACACUACGACAACACUCCUAUAGCCAUCGCCAACGGAGCAAGUCACUGGCAGUCUCCCUCACAAAACGGCUCGGGCUAUAGUGAACACAAGACCUUGGACAAUGGCUACUCUUCGCAAGCCCCUGAAGGCCAUAUUGAAGGACAGGAGGAUCAGCGGACGGGUCGGCGAUUCCCAUGGUGUAUCGCAAUCACGGUGGCUCUAGUCGUUUUGAUUCUUGGAGGUGUCAUCGGCGGCGUGGCCGCAUGGAGGGUGACGGCGAACCGAAGCGCGCAAUCACAGACGGGUGGUCCGGGAUCAGUAAAUGGCGAUGCGCCAUCGACGAGCGCUACUAAGAUCAUGCAGAACUCGGCUGUAUCUGCUGUCGGAUGGCGGUACGGUUCCGAUAUUACCCUGCAAGUCUUCUUCCAAGGCGCGGACGGUUCAUUGAGACGGUCCCAAUACAUGACCAUCUAUCAAGCCUGGACUCCCCCGAUGGAAGCUGGCGCAGCCCCCAAAGUGGGCUCUCCUUUCGGCGCCGGUCAGCUGUGGACCAAGCCCGAUGAGUCCGAAGUCUUCUAUGUUGGGUCGCCAGACAAGAUCCUUGGCGUCAAUUGGCGUGAAGGUUUCUCGAGAGGGGGCCUGACAGACAGCGUCAACGAGGCAGGUUACACCAUCAGCAACACGGGAACACAGAUGGCAUCGUACUGGCCGUCCACCAUUGUACAGGCGAGCAACGGAGACAUAAUGGAGGUGUUUUUCGAUUACAAGUCGCCCAGGUUCCAGGAGCCCAAGAUAGUCGGGUUCACGGCGUCUCCGGGCUCGGCACUGGUCAUUCUUCCUCGAGAAGUGAUCCACUCAGCCGGAGACCUGACAUCUGCAUCAAGCGCACGUAUCAUAUACCGUAGCACCGACGGCCAUUUGCAAAACUAUGAUCGAUCAUCUGGUGGCCAACAGCUCACCUCGACGGGUCAGCUACCGGUGACUGUCGACUCGAACUUUACCAUGGCUGGCUUCGCGGUAGCUCGGCUUGAUUCUAGCGGCCAAAAAUCAGAGGCCCUCAACACAUGGAUCCUGUACCAGGACUCCAAGACUGGCAAGAUAUCCUAUGUGUACGAGGACGAUACGACAGGGUGGAAAGGGCCAGAGUCAGAUUCCGUCUUCGAUGGUGCUGACAAUCCAACACACAUCGCCUGUGUGACAGCUGCGUCGGCAAAGAUUCCGGAGGUGCCUCUCGAGGCAUCGCAUGACCUCAGUCACUGCUUCUUCCAAGCGAGCCGGCAGCUGAAGCACGUCCACUUUGAUGGCAGCAAGUGGGCGGAUAUGGGGUUCCUCCCAAUACCAUGA